UCUCUCUCUUUCUCUUUCUCUCUUUUUCUUCAUUAUCAAGUAAACAGAACAAAGAAACAACAAAAGCAAAAACCUACCUGAGAUGACUAAUGAUUCAACCAUAAAGCUUUUCGGGAGAACCAUUUUUCAAACACACAACACCGAUGUUACUACCAAUGAUUUUUCCUCAGAGUUAGAGUUUGGUUCUCCUCUCCCUCGCGACGAUUCCUCUGAUCAUAGUCCUUAUUCAUCUUCAUGUUCCCCAUCUGAAGUGAAUUCUCCAACUGAACAUGAUGCAAAGAGAUAUAAGGAAACAUCAAGGAAAGAACUCACAUCAGUUCAAGAGGAUGAGGCCUCAUUCCAAACUACAGAGGAUUCAAAAUCUCACACACCUUCAAGCCAUGUUGAGAACCCAAAAUCUCCCUCGUCGGAAACAGAAACUUCUGAACUGAAUUCCCAUAAGAUUGAUGAACAAAGUGAUAUGUCACAAGAGAAAUCUCCAAUGAAACAAGACGUAAUUGUUCCCUGUCCAAGAUGCAAAAGCAUGGACACAAAAUUUUGUUACUAUAACAACUACAACGUCAAACAGCCCCGACACUUCUGCAAAAACUGCCAGAGGUAUUGGACUUCCGGAGGAGCCACGAGAAAUAUGAUUGUAGGUGCAGGUCGUCGCAAGAACAAACUCAAUGCAGCCAAUGGAUUGCAUAGUACUACUAUCUUGACCUUUGGAUCAGAUUCUCCUAGUAUGUCUUCAACUUCACUCGACAAGAAAGUGAAUGUUGCAUCACAUGAAGAAACAUUUGAUAAGAGUUAUCAAAGUUUUCCUCCACAGUUUCCUUGGAACCCUGCAAUGUGUUACCCUAUGUCAUUCUGUCCCGAUAUAGCAUACUAUGGUGGUUGUUUGGUACCAUCAUGGAAUGUACAAUCUUGUGGUCAAAAUUCAACUACAUUAGGGAAACAUUCAAGAGAUGGGAACAUUCUCUUGCAUUCCAAAUCAGAGAAAGAAAAACUUGGAUCAGAAAGAUGUAAUAAGCGCGUGUUGAUCCCUAAGACGCUGAGAAUUGAUGAUCCUAAUGAAAUAGCAAAGAGUUCUAUAUGGUCAACACUUGGAAUCAAGAAUGGGGGAGAGCUUUUCAUGGGAUUUGCAUCUAAGGGGGGAGUCAAGAAUCAUGUACAAACAUCCUCAUCAGUUUUGCAAGCUAAUCCUGUAGCUUUAUCAAGGUCUCUUGUGUUCCAUGAGAGGAUUUGAUUGGGAAUUUAGCAGGACAAACACAUUGGUUUGAAGGUGUGUCCGGUGUCUAACUUAUGUCGUAGUCAUUUCUGAUGUUUGUGCAAUUGUAAAUUAUAGGGAGAAAUUCAUCAAGUUCCAAAAUGUUACUGAAAUAGAUCGUAGGCUAUGCAAUUGCAUUAUGCUAAGCUGCAUUUUUGUUCAGAAUGUGAUUUCUUUGUUGAGUAAAUAUCUUUGAUGUGCAUAUUUUUUAUAUGAGAUAGGAUAAAUAACAAGGUGAAUUGAAGACCAAGGAAA